CAGGUUUGAGCUAUCUGGAAGAUGAAGCUCUGGAUGCAGUUGGUGCUCUCUACCUGGUUUCUCCUGAUCUGGCACACAGAAGCUGAGUUCUUCACUUCCAUAGGUCAAAUGACAGACCUGAUUUAUGCAGAGAAAGACUUGGUGCAGUCUUUAAAGGAAUAUAUCCGAGCAGAAGAGAACAAACUUGCUCAGAUUAAAAGCUGGGCUGAAAAGAUGGAUGUACUGACUAGCAAAUCCACCUCUGAUCCAGAAGGGUACCUGGCACAUCCUGUAAAUGCUUAUAAGCUGGUGAAGCGUUUAAAUACUGACUGGCUGGAAUUGGAAAACCUGGUUCUUCAGGAUACAACAAGUGGCUUCGUCGCGAACCUCUCGCUGCAGCGUCAGUUCUUUCCCACGGAGGAAGAUGAGACGGGAGCUGCCAAGGCCCUGAUGCGCCUGCAGGACACGUACAGGCUGGAUCCUGAAACUCUCUCUCGAGGAAACUUGCCAGGAACAAAGUACAAGUCCUCUCUGACAGUAGGGGACUGCUUUGGCAUGGGGAAGACUGCUUACAACGAUGGAGACUACUAUCACACAGUGCUCUGGAUGGAGCAAGCCUUAAAACAGCAUGAUGAGGGGGAGGAUACAACAGUCAGCAAAGUGGAGAUCCUGGAUUAUCUCAGCUAUGCUGUUUUCCAGUUUGGGGAUUUACACAGAGCCAUGGAGCUUACCAGGAGGCUGAUAUCCCUUGACAGUACCCACGAGAGAGCAGGCAGUAACCUGCGGUACUUUGAGAAGCUGCUGGAGAAGGAGAGAGAGGAGAAGGAGAAAGAUAAGUCAAUAAACAAGACCACAACGACAGAACCAGUGGUGCAGAGUGGUACCUAUGAGAGGCCUCUUGACUACUUGCCAGAGCGUGAUAUCUACGAGGCCCUUUGCAGAGGUGAAGGUGUAAAAAUGACUCCUCGAAGACAGAAAAGGCUGUUUUGUAGGUACCACGAUGGAAACAGAAACCCUCAUCUGCUCAUAGCUCCCUUUAAGGAGGAGGAUGAGUGGGAUAGCCCUCAUAUUGUACGAUACUAUGAUGUCAUGUCUGAUGAAGAAAUUGAGAAAAUUAAACAACUAGCUAAGCCAAAGCUGGCACGAGCCACAGUGCGUGAUCCCAAAACCGGCGUCCUUACAGUGGCAAGCUACAGGGUGUCUAAAAGCUCGUGGUUGGAGGAAGAUGAUGAUCCUGUUGUGGCCAAAGUGAAUCUAAGAAUGCAGCAGAUCACAGGGUUAACAGUGAAAACAGCUGAACUAUUGCAGGUUGCCAACUAUGGAAUGGGAGGCCAGUAUGAGCCACACUUCGAUUUUUCUAGGCGCCCCUUUGACAGCACACUCAGAUCGGAAGGAAAUAGGCUAGCGACGUUUCUUAACUAUAUGAGUGAUGUAGAAGCUGGAGGAGCUACAGUUUUCCCAGAUUUUGGGGCAGCAAUAUGGCCCAAGAAGGGAACAGCAGUGUUUUGGUACAACCUUUUCAGAAGCGGAGAAGGUGACUAUAGAACCAGGCACGCGGCUUGUCCAGUGCUAGUAGGGUGUAAAUGGGUUUCAAACAAAUGGUUUCACGAAAGAGGAAAUGAAUUCUUGAGACCUUGUGGGAGAACAGAGGUUGACUGAAGCCCAGCCUGCUGCAGGCCUUUGUUUCUUUGUCUUCUUUUCUACUGUUGGUUCUUCCAGUUCAUUUCUAAGAAAUGAUCCAUCUCUUUCUCCAAGAGUCCUGGCACUUUUCCGAAAAAGGACAACAAAAUCUGUAACACCUGUGAAAGAAAGUAAAUGGCAUUGCACACUUACUUGUGUUUUGGUUGCUGUUAUUUCCACGUUCCCCCCCCUACCUGCCUGAGCUGCCUCCAGCCCUCCCAGCUCUCUCUGUCAUAGUGGUG